CGAAAGUGUUUCAGUGGAUCCUCCGGAAAGAGUUUCCCAAUAUUUUACGCGUCCAAAGUGUGCCGUUUUCGAGUGUAAAAUCCAUCCAAUCCUACUGCAAACUGAUCACCAAGGUGACGGGCGACUAGCUGGUGAAAGAGAAGCUGCGCAUGAAAUCAACAUAACAACGAACACGACGAACCCCCCACAUAUUGGCGCUUCCGGUAGUGUAGCUGCUACACACGGAUUUGGAUUCUUCUCUGACGAGGUGCUGCUGUGUAUUCUCUAGUCACGGCCAAGAUUUUAUUGGACACUAGACAACGGCAAACCGGAGACCUCAAGACUCGCUGUGGCAGGAUCUCCAAUCGUAUUCUGGAGACAGUUUUUAUGAAUCGUUUCCCCGCAAGUUAGGUUAUGGCAAACUUGAACUUCCAACAACCGCCCAGAAGCAUACCGAGUAGUGUGUCCUUAAGCGGGAGAGGCGGCGGAGGUGGAGGAGGUAGCAGCAGUGUAGUGGGUGGCUCGGCCGGUGGUGCCUUCGGCGGUAGCGCCCUCAGCGGGGGCCAUGUUACCCCGACCUCCGGCAUGUUCCCGUCGGUGGUGGGCGGUUCGGUGGGAGGCGGUGGCCCCUUCGGACAGAGUGCACCCUCGCAACAGCAAAGCAACCAAUCCUCCUCGUCCGUGGCACCCCUCUCGCCCAGCACGAACGGUGGCAAUCCUCGGUCCGGCGGUGCGACUGGCAUCAUGGGCGGAGGAAAUGGGGGUGUGGGUGGGGGUCUUGCGAGUAACGGCCCCAGCAGCGGCCAGCAGCAGCAACUUUCCUCCUCCAAUGCGGCGUCCGGUGGAGGCCGAAGUUCCAACCUCUUCGGCGGCGGUGGUCAGCAGCGCGGCGGCGUUGGUGCCGGCGUUGGUGCGGGCGGUGCAGGAGGAUUCGCGGAUCGCAGGACAUUAUCCGGACUCGGCGGUACAUCGAUGUCCAAUAUGGUUUCCUUCAUGCAGUCGCGAGGAUACGGAUCUCAAAGCGGGAAUAGCAUCAACAACUACCACGGUGUGUUCGUCGACGGCGGUGCGACGGAUACGGGCACUCCGCCCCUGCUCGAUCUCUCCGAAUUCCCUUCGCUCACGAACGCGCGCGGUGGCCAAAACGAUCAAUCCCUGCCGCAGUCGAACGCGCUGCAACCACCUGGUAGUAAACCGUACGUUGGGAUGGUGAAACAACCGACGUCCGAACAGAUUGCGUUUACGAUGUCGAACGAAGACUUCCCGGCCCUUCCCGGCACGCAAAAUGCCGAGGGCAGCCAGAUGGGGGCGGCCAGCCAGGGCUUGCAGGGCGUCCACCAUCAUCAUCAUCCGGAUCACCAUGGGGGCGGUGGUGGAGGUGGCGGCGUCGGUGGAAACGAUAGCUUGGGAGGCAAGGGUAGCGGUGGUGGUAGUGGAGGGCCAGUAGGGAGUGCAGCUGGUAUGGGCAUGGAUCUGCAGAGUGAUUCCGGCAAUUCCAACGUUAACAUGGACAAGGGAGCGAUGAAGCGAGGCGUACAAACAUCACCCAGCGGAUCGGUAACGAAUAUUCCUGCCAGUAUGGUGAACAACCAGUUCGGUAUGGUGGGCCUACUAACGUUCCUCCGGGCCGCGGAAACCGAUCCCAACCUGGUGACGCUAGCGAUGGGUCAGGACCUGAUGGCGCUCGGUUUGAAUCUGACCGCGGUGGAAAAUCUGUACCCGAGUUUUGGCGGUCCAUUUGCCGAUGCGCCUGCGAGACCCCAGGAUAUCGACUACAAUGUACCACCAGAGUAUUUGAUCAACAUGUCAAUAAGGGACAAGCUGUCGAAGCUAACGUUGCAAAAGUAUAAGGAUGAUCUAUUAUUUUAUUUAUUUUACACGAACGUUGGUGAUAUGAUGCAAUUGGCGGCAGCGGCGGAACUGCACAGUAGAGAUUGGCGAUAUCAUACGGAGGAGAAAGUGUGGAUAACGCGGGUGCCCGGCAUUGCAACGUACGAGAAGAACGGCACAACCGAGCGUGGCACGUACUACUACUUCGAUGCGCAAACUUGGCGGCGAGUGCCAAAAGAUUUUCAAGUGGAUACAGUGAAGUUAGAUAAAUGUCCAAACAUAAGUGCUUACGUCGCGAUGAGCGGACAGUCUGUAUAAUAUUUAUUAAUUUGUAAUUAAACCAGAAAAUCAAGAGCAGAA